AUGGCUGCAAACCAACAGGGUAACGCCUACGUCCUAGGCGUCGGCAUGGCGGCUUUCAUCAAGCCCCGUGGCACGCGCAUGUAUACGGAGAUGGCUUUCGAAGCAGGCGUCAAGGCCAUGUUGGACGCUCAUCUGACGUACGACGACAUCGAGGCCGGCAUUGCCUGCUACACCUCUGGGCCUACCUGCACCGGCCAACGGGUCUUCUACCAGUUCGGUAUGACAGAUAUCCCGAUCUACAACACGAACAAUGCCUGCGCGACCGGCUCAACGGGUCUGCAUCUUGCUCGCACGUUCGUGAAAUCCGGCUCUCACGACUGUGUUAUGGUCGUUGGAUUCGAGCAGAUGAAUGCUGGGCCCUUGGUUAGCAACGUUACCGAUAGACCGACACCGUUCGACCUGAGCAUGAAUCUACUAGAGAAGACAAAAGGGAAGAGCAAAUCGCCUAAGAAUCCCUAUAUGUUCGGCAAUGCCGGCUUAGAGUACAUGGAGAAAUAUGGCGCUACGGCCUGUGACUUCGCCGAGAUCGCUCGCAUCUCGCACGAACACUCGUCACGCAACCCCUACGCCCAGUUCCGCACCGUCUACACAUUAGAGGAAAUCAAACAAUCCCCGAUGAUCCACUACCCGCUCACCAAGCUCCAAUGCUCGCCUACAUCCGACGGCGCCGCGGCUGCCAUCAUCGUGUCGCAGAAAUUCCUGGACGCACGACCAGAGCUGAAAAGCCACGCCAUCCUGAUCGCCGGCCAGUCUUUAAAGACAGACAGUCCGGCCCUAUACUCUGGCAGCGCUAUCGACCUCGUCGGAUACGACAUGACAGUGCGAGCGACGAAAGCCGCACUAGCCGAGGCCGGCACCUCGCCUACGGAGAUCAAGGUCUGCGAGCUCCAUGACUGCUUUUCAGCGAAUGAGCUGAUAUCACUUGAAGCGAUGGGAUUCUGCCAGAAGGGUAAGGCUCACCACCUCGUUCGGAAUGGAGACAUCACGUACGGUGGAAAGGGUCCCAUCGUCAAUCCGUCCGGCGGGCUGAUUUCCAAAGGUCAUCCGCUAGGCGCAACGGGUCUGGCGCAGUGUGCGGAGUUGACCUGGCAGCUGCGCGGAUGGGCGAACAACGGUCGUCUCGUCAAGAAUAUCGAUGUUGCUCUGCAGCAUAACCUUGGCUUGGGGGGUGCUAUUGUUGUGACUGUGUAUAAACGCGCCGAUGGCAAGAAGAACCCUGACGUGGUGGUCGAUGAAGAUGUUGCGAAGUUCAGUGGGUUGGGGUAUAACCCUGCCGUGGAGGCGAGAUAUAUUACACCGCAACAGGCGCACUCAGUACGCAGUAAAAAGGCGCCGUGUGAUUAUGCUUUAUCGAAUACUGUGGAUUUGAUUGCGGCGAGAUUGUAG